GUGUGUGUGUGUGUGUGUGUGCAUGAGUGUGGGGUGUGCGGGGCUCCUGCGCUCCGCUCACGGACGCCGCCGGGGAAGGACGGACGGACGGCGCUUUCUUCUUCGGCGAGCGGUUCCCGGGCACCUCGGCUCGGCCCGGGCGCGAGUGGAGCGCGCUCGGCUAGCCGCCGGCCUCCGGAAGGUCCCGCUGCGUACCCCCUGGGCUGGAUAUGUUCAUGUUCACGUGAAGAUGGAUUUAGUGUACGGUCUCGUGUGGCUGCUGACAGUCCUCCUGGAGGGGAUCUCUGGCCAAGGAGUAUACGCUCCCCCAACGGUUCGUAUUGUGCAUUCAGGCUUGGCCUGUAACAUUGAGGAGGAGCGCUACUCGGAAAGGGUCUACACCAUACGGGAAGGAGAAACCCUAGAACUGACCUGUCUGGUCACAGGACAUCCACGUCCACAGAUCAGGUGGACCAAAACAGCAGGAAGUGCCUCUGACAGAUUUCAAGACUCAAGUGUCUUCAAUGAGACUUUGAGGAUUACAAAUAUUCAGCGUCACCAAGGAGGCCGGUAUUACUGUAAAGCAGAGAAUGGCUUGGGGUCCCCAGCGAUAAAGUCAAUCAGAGUGGAUGUAUACUAUUUGGAUGACCCAGUAGUAACUGUUCAUCAAAGUAUAGGUGAAGCUAAAGAACAAUUUUACUAUGAGAGAACAGUGUUCCUCCGGUGUGUGGCCAAUUCAAAUCCACCUGUUCGGUACAGCUGGAGACGUGGUCAGGAGGUAUUACUACAAGGAUCUGAUAAAGGAGUUGAGAUUUAUGAGCCCUUCUUUACCCAGGGUGAAACCAAGAUUUUAAAACUAAAGAAUCUUCGACCUCAAGACUAUGCUAAUUAUAGCUGCAUUGCUUCAGUGAGGAAUGUAUGUAAUAUUCCAGAUAAGAUGGUGUCAUUUAGACUUUCCAAUAAAACAGCAUCUCCGUCAAUUAAACUCUUGGUGGAUGACCCUAUAGUUGUAAAUCCUGGAGAGGCCAUAACAUUAGUAUGUGUUACAACAGGAGGAGAACCUGCACCCACUCUCACCUGGGUCAGGUCCUUUGGGACUCUGCCUGAAAAGACUGUUUUGAAUGGAGGAACAUUGACCAUACCCGCCAUCACCUCAGAAGAUGCUGGUACUUACAGCUGCAUUGCCAAUAAUAAUGUGGGAAACCCUGCAAAAAAGUCCACCAACAUCAUUGUGAGAGCAUUAAAAAAAGGACGAUUUUGGAUCACACCAGAUCCUUAUCACAAAGAUGACAACAUCCAGAUUGGGCGUGAGGUGAAAAUAUCUUGCCAAGUAGAAGCUGUUCCUUCUGAGGAGUUAACAUUUAGUUGGUUUAAAAAUGGCCGUCCAUUAAGAAGUUCUGAGCGGAUGGUUAUUACCCAGACUGAUCCGGAUGUCUCCCCGGGAACGACAAACUUGGACAUCAUUGAUUUAAAAUUCACGGAUUUUGGGACAUACACAUGUGUAGCAUCUCUGAAGGGAGGAGGAAUAUCUGAUAUCAGUAUUGAUGUUAAUAUAUCCAGCAGCACAGUUCCACCCAAUCUGACUGUUCCACAGGAAAAAUCACCUCUGGUCACCAGAGAAGGGGACACAAUAGAACUGCAGUGUCAAGUAACUGGAAAACCUAAGCCCAUCAUCCUCUGGUCUAGAGCGGAUAAAGAAGUUGCAAUGCCUGAUGGGUCAAUGCAAAUGGAGAGUUAUGAUGGAACACUGAGGAUUGUGAAUGUAUCUAGAGAAAUGUCAGGAAUGUACAGAUGUCAGACCAGCCAGUACAAUGGAUUUAACGUGAAGCCAAGAGAAGCUUUGGUGCAGCUCAUUGUGCAGUAUCCUCCUGCUGUGGAGCCAGCAUUCCUGGAGAUCCGGCAAGGACAAGAUCGAAGUAUUACUAUGAGCUGCCGGGUUCUGAGAGCAUAUCCAAUACGGGUACUGACCUAUGAGUGGCGCUUAGGCAAUAAAUUAUUACGGACGGGUCAGUUUGACUCUCAAGAGUACACAGAAUACCCAGUGAAGAGUCUUUCCAAUGAGAACUAUGGGGUUUAUAAUUGUAGCAUCAUAAAUGAAGCUGGAGCUGGGAGAUGCAGCUUUCUUGUUACAGGAAAGGCCUAUGCUCCAGAAUUCUAUUACGAUACCUACAAUCCUGUGUGGCAAAACAGACACCGUGUUUAUUCUUACAGUCUACAGUGGACACAAAUGAAUCCUGAUGCAGUAGAUCGGAUUGUUGCGUACCGGUUGGGUAUCAGGCAGGCUGGACAGCAGCGUUGGUGGGAACAGGAGAUUAAAAUAAAUGGAAAUAUUCAAAAAGGAGAACUAAUUACAUAUAACUUGACAGAGCUAAUUAAACCAGAGGCUUAUGAAGUCCGGCUAACUCCUCUCACCAAAUUUGGUGAAGGAGAUUCAACAAUUCGUGUCAUUAAAUAUAGCGCUCCUGUUAAUCCUCAUUUGAGAGAAUUUCACUGUGGAUUUGAAGAUGGUAACAUUUGUUUGUUCACCCAAGAUGAUACAGAUAAUUUUGACUGGACAAAGCAAAGUACUGCGACAAGAAAUACAAAAUAUACUCCAAACACGGGACCUAAUGCUGAUCGUAGUGGCUCUAAAGAAGGUUUUUACAUGUACAUUGAGACAUCUCGACCCAGACUGGAAGGCGAAAAGGCCCGACUUCUCAGCCCUGUUUUCAGCAUAGCCCCUAAAAACCCUUAUGGCCCCACGAACACUGCAUAUUGUUUCAGCUUCUUUUAUCACAUGUAUGGGCAACAUAUAGGUGUUCUAAAUGUUUAUCUGCGUUUGAAAGGGCAGACAACAAUAGAGAAUCCACUGUGGUCUUCCAGUGGGAAUAAAGGACAGCGGUGGAAUGAAGCUCAUGUUAAUAUAUAUCCAAUCACUUCAUUUCAGCUCAUUUUUGAAGGUAUUCGAGGUCCUGGCAUAGAAGGUGACAUUGCCAUUGAUGAUGUGUCAAUUGCAGAAGGAGAAUGUGCAAAACAAGACCUAACGACUAAGAAUUCUGUUGAUGGUGCUGUUGGAAUUUUAGUACAUCUAUGGCUUUUUCCGGUCAUCGUCCUCAUCUCUAUCUUAAGUCCUCGAAGGUGACCUUAUCCUGGCAGAGGCUAUAAAAGAUUCACCAGGCACUGGCAUGAAGAAAGAGUCUUUGUAAAUGGACAUUGAAAAAACAAACUACCAAAGAUUCCUCCACUGACUACUGACUCAAAAAUAAAAUAAUAAAAACGAAUUUUUUAAAGCACUGGGGAUAAAAAGACAUCAUGGAAGUAUAACUUAUUCCAAGCUACAUAUAAAAGAUAAUCUUGACCUGAGUAGAGAAGAGACCUUCAGGUGCUUUUGUGGCUAAAAAGAUUACAGCAUCAUCUGGUCAUCUGGUUGAACUCUGGAAAAAAAAAAAAAAAAAAAAAAAGCUAUAGAAAUCCUUGUCAAAGCACAAAGUCAUGGCUGGUUUUGUUUCAAAUGAAUAGUUUGCUUGUAACCAUGGAAACCUAAUGGCCUGCCAACAAAAACCUCACUGUAAACAGGGUACGUGAAGAGCUGGCAUUUAUUUUCCUUUCAAGAAGGUUUUACGUAGAGAAUUAAAUAAAUGUAGGCCCUUUUACCUUUGGUUGUUACCCUUCCUUAAAAAUAACCCGAACUCAGAAUUAUUUAAAACAUUCGUGCUCCUCCCCACCUGUCCCCAUCCCAUCUUUGUUGUUAUUAUUUGUUUUCCUCCCAUGGCUAAGCUAGAUAACUGUAUGCUGUCUCUUUUUGCAUGCAUUACUAUCCAGGAUGGUAAACCUGGGCUUACAUAUUACACAGGCUUAUCGGAGUUUGCUUGCGGCCACUUGAACACCCAAACUAAGUCAUCUGUUCCAAUGAAGAAACCAAACCACCAUCUUUUAUAAAUUGCCAUGGAAACCAAGUGCCUUCAAUGAAACAAGCCUGAAUAAUUUUCAACUCAGAAGCUUGCACUGCUAAGAGUGGUUUGUGUAAAACUAUUUUAUAAACAAACUACAGAGCCUAAAUGUGCAAAUUACAGGCAAGACCACAAAAGCCGCUUCUGAAGAAGAAAGGACCGGAGCUGCUGCGUAAGCCCAUGCAGACGAGAUAUUUGUUGUUUGACCUCCUAGACAGCCAUGGCCUUUCGGCUUAUUGUCCAUUAGAAAAUAACUUCCAUUGAGACCAGACAUGGGAGCAACACUUUUUUCUUCCAGGUUAUUAUAUGGGUCAACCAGAGCAAAAGGUUGUUAAGAUAAUACUUAGCGCAGAAGGUGGUAAAACACAAGAGUGGUUUUUUUUACUCUAACCAUUUGAAAUGAAAUUGGCCCUAGCUUUAGAGGGAGCAAGAAAAUGUUUGUGAUUGCAGUGUGCACAAACUCUACAGCGGAACUGGGCCUGAAAAAUCUGGCUUUAUUCUAAACACUGAAGGUAAUAUGCCUCUGCCCUUUAGUCAGACUCUGUGCAAAUUGUGAAAUAUUAUUUUAUUAUUUUACCAAGAUUAAAAACACUUUUACAAAAAAACAAAAACCUGUAAAAAUGAUUUUGAGCUACCUGAGGACAAAUCAUACCUUUAACCAGCCAGUUUUCCAACGCAUUGUAAAUUUCACUUAAACCUGUUGGUUAUGAAAAUUUGAAGAUCUUUUUCCUUAAAUUAUCUCAGCUUUUAACUUCAUUUAAAAAGACUUUUGUCUAAAGAAGAAUAUUAUUAUUAUUAUUAUAUGUUCUUUCAACACCCCAGGAUUUAAAAAAAACUGAUUAUGCAAGUAAUUGGGAUAUAAGUAUUAAAUUAUAACAUUUGCAAAUAUUAAUAUAAAAAGCACAACAAAAUGUAGUGGAAAAUGACAAAGCUUGAUUUUUAAAAGAAAAAAAUUCUGUAGAAAUGUUUGUGCAAAUUCAAUAAUUCAACUUAAAAGAUAAUUUUACAGCUAUGUUCAAUAAAGCCUCUUUCCAGGUAA